GAACGAAUUCUUGCGUGCGCAUGAACAUUGCUGAGAGUUUGAAUUUCAAACUUGAGCGAGCUGAGCGGAGCGGAUUCUAUUCCGUUUCGAAAACGGGAACUGUCAGUAGUACGCCAGUUGUUUCCGGUAACCAUGACUACGUAAGUACAAAUUACGCGCGUGUUUUAAAAAAGUUUCAAAUUGUCACAACUUUUUUAUUUGAAAAAGGUAUGUUAGUUGAUUAUGUUGAUAGACCUCAGUGAAUUGUUUACGUGAACUUUGUCAAUUCUUUUGGAGUACUUGUGACAAAUUUACAGUUGUGCACUUUAUUUUUUCGUGUUUUUAUUGUGUGUGGAUUAGCAUUUUUUGUAAGUUAAGCGAAGACACAGCAAAGGGGAAAUCCUCUUGGUUUUGGUCAUCCAUUCCCCAUCAAAUAUUCAUAAGAGCAUUCGCUGCUGUUUUAUUAGUUCCCACGGGCGCACUAGACAAUGAGAAGGGGAUCAAGUCAAGAAGUGCUGAUUCCCAUUUAUUGUGUAGUCUUGCAUAUUGUAUGUAAAUACGUUAUAAUCAAAAUCUAGACAAGUUCAAUCCUGAGGUAGAAUGGAAUAUAUUUGCUAUGGAUAAUUAAAGAAAUUGCAGCAAUUUGUCGAGAUGCCUGUACACAGUGAUUCAUAUUCACCUGUAGAAAAACGAAUGUCGUCAUUAUCAAUUGGCAGUCGUCACCGCGAACCGUCGGAAUAUUCCAUCAGUAGGUAUUCCCAAAAGUAUGAUCCUUAUCAAAAUAUGCACGCGUACGAGCCUGAGCACCCCCGUGUAAGGUUGUCCUCGACGGGAGAGGGAAGUGGAGACUCAAGUACUACCACUUCCGGUAGCAGCUACGGAGAAAGGGAAGACGUUGAAAGAGAGGAUGGAAGUGAAGGAAGAGGAAGUGAGGAAGCGGACGAUAGGGACGAUACGGUACCUCUCGAAGGGCAGGUCACAGACGACGAACGACAAAAAGUCGAGACGUUUUUUAGGGGAUUAAAAACACAGGUUUAUGUAAGCGGUUCUCUGGCGAAUUUAUAUACGAAAACGCCUUUGGAUCCCGAAUGGGCUUUGAAGCACACAGGCAUUCCGGUUGUUCUGUUGGACGUGGGAGAAUCACGAGCCCGAGAUAAGCGUCGAAUCCAAAUUGUGUUGGCCGAAAGAGGUACUGGUUUUAUGCUUUGGCGUGACACCAUCGACAAUCUCACCUCCUACAAGGUUGCCGGCAAAGCGUUCCACACUAUGUGCUAUUCGGGCGACCACACGUUGCAAAUUGGAUUCAGCUUCGACACAGCUCAGGCUGCCCACGAUAUGUGGACGCAUAUUGAGCGACUAGUGGCAUGUCCAGAAAAUAUUUCUUUAUCGGUGCCUGGUAAAAAGAAGAAAAAGAAGGAAAAGAAGCCCAAGCCAUUGCCUCUGCCUCCGAAGAAUCAGAUAUCAAUGCCUUGUUGUUUCCUUCAACUGACACACGUAGAUCAUGACGAUCGAUCGAGAUUUUAUUCGUUACGAGAAUUUGUACCAGUGACAGCUUCAACAAGAUAUAAGAAAGCCCCAUUACCGACGGAAGACAUUUAACUUAAACGACAGAGUAUAUAAGAACGACUGAGUAGCUUGUAGAUAAACAGGAACUUUUACUUAUAAAUAAU